AUGGGUAACAGUAAGAGUGGGGCCCUGUCCAAGGAGAUCCUGGAGGACCUGAAGCUGAACACCAAGUACACCGAGGACGAGCUGUGCAAAUGGUACGAGAGCUUCCAGAAGCAGUGUCCCGACGGGCGCAUCAGCCGGUCGGAGUUUGAGAAGAUCUAUGCCAACUUCUUCCCUAACUCCGACCCCAAGGUGUAUGCCCGGCACGUCUUCCGAAGCUUCGACACCAACGACGAUGGGACCCUUGACUUCCGGGAGUAUAUCAUCGCGCUCCACCUCACCUCGACCGGCAAGGCUAACCUGAAGCUCGAGUGGGCGUUCUCCCUCUUCGACGUGGACCGCAAUGGAGAGAUCAGUAAGAACGAGGUUCUGGAGAUCAUCACGGCAAUAUUCAAGAUGAUCCCUCCAGAAGAGCAAAAGACCUUGGCAGAUGAUGAAAACACCCCCCAGAAACGGGCUGACAAGCUGUGGGCAUUUUUCAACAAGGGAGAUACAGAUAAAAUUGCUGAAAAGGAGUUUAUCGAUGGGGUGAUGAAGAAUGAUGCAAUCAUGAAGCUCAUUCAAUAUGAGCCCAAGAAAAAAUAGGACCUUUGGCG